ACAUUGAAUUUUCGAAAUAAAAAAAGGAAAUCGUAAUAGAAUGUCAGGGCCCGACAAAAAGCAAACGUCCAAUCCAGUGCCACCACCAAAACCACCGAGGACAUUUGCGUCAAAGCCAAAAACAAGUGCAGUUAAACCAGAUCAAGUGGACAAGGAAUCGGAGGAUUACGAUACAAUCUGGCCUUCCAAAAGUGAACAUCUUCUGAAGAAGAUAGAAAAUCUUAAAGUAAAGAAUGACUCUAAACCACAUAGAGAAGACUCGGGACAUACUACUUUGUCUACCACAGGUGGUCAAAGAAAGGGACAGGAAUCUACGGGUUCUGUUAAGGACAGGAUACGACAACUCGAGCAGAAAAGUUGCAAUGCAGAAGUAAAACCCAUGCAAGAACAAAAGCGUGACAAUUCUACAUCGACCAUGGUACCUACGCAUGUAAAAGGAGAAGUAAAUAGAAGACCACCAAAACCAAAACCUAGAUUAAAUAAAAGAAAGAGCAAUGAAGAACAAAGAAUGGAACGGGAAUUGAAAGAUGAGAUUUAUGCAGAAAUAAAUGAUGAAGAAGACGACAAAAGGAGCAAUUACGAAUUUGUAGCGGCAAUUGAUAUCGGAACGACUUAUUCAGGGUACGCCUUUUCAAGCCGCGAGCAGUUCAACAGUAAUCCUUUGGAUAUUUUCACCCCGCGAUGGAAUGACGGUCUGUUCCUAUCCCUGAAAACAUCCACCUGUGCAUUGUAUAAUGAGAAAGGAGAGUUUGACUGUUUCGGAUAUGAAGCUGACAAUAAGUACUAUGAAAUGACUUAUAAUGACCCAGAUCUUGUGGAACGUUGUUUGAAGUUUACAAAUUUUAAAAUGAAAUUGUAUGAUACAAAGGGAUCUUUAGAAGGCUUGGUCCUAGAAGCCGAUCAAGGAGGUACAAUGCCAGCUUUAAUUGUAUUUUCGGACGUUAUUUUUCACCUAAAGAGUAAGAUUAUGAAUGACAUUCGCCAAAUAAAAUCUAAUGUCAUUGAGGAUGACGUGCGAUGGGUUCUCACUGUUCCCGCAAUUUGGAAUGAUGAAGCCAGGAAGUUUAUGAUUAGAGCUGCUGUAAAGGCGGGACUUCAUGCAGACGAUCUAUUUCUCAGUUUGGAACCGGAAGCAGCUGCUGUAAUGUGUAAAGAGCUGAAAGUGCAAAACUAUAUCCAAACAAAAUCCGACAGUGUUUUAGCCUUCAUGUUGGGUACAAAAUUUGUUGUUGUUGAUCUUGGAGGUGGUACAGUAGAUAUAACAACAAACGAGGUUCUCUCAAAUGGCAUGAUCCGGGAACUCAAGUGUUGCAGAGGAAGUGACUGUGGAGGAACAUGCGUGGAUAAGUGUUUUUGGAAAUAUAUAAGAAAAAUUCUUGACUGUGAUUUCGAAACUUUGCGUAAAUCAUAUCGAACUGAAAUGCAUGACUUAUGGAGGAGCUUUGAGAUAAAGAAAAGACAAGUCGAUUCACAAAAAUCUCAAUACGUCAUGCUCCAAAUACCAUCUAUUAUAGCUAAUAAAAUAAAUUCCAAGAAAUUAAGCCAAGACAAUGUUCUUCUGGUUCGAGACAAACUUAAAUUUCCAAUACAGGUUUUCAAAGAUUUCUUUUCUUCGUCAGUCUCAAGCAUUCAGGAGUGCCUUCGUGGGGUUGUUACUGAUGAUAUUCACUCAAUACUGCUCGUUGGCGGCUAUGCUGGUUGCAAAGAAAUCAAACAGGCCAUCAAGCAAACCUACCCAUCAAUUCGUUUAGUCUGUCCCCCUGACUCCGAUUUGGCUGUAGUUAAGGGAGCAGUUAUUUUCGGACACAAUCCAGCCGUCAUUUCUUCGAGAAUAAGUAAAAUGUGGUAUGGUAUUCAAAUAACACCUGACAUUUCUCCUAUCAACAAAAUCCCUGAAGGAAAUUUCUAUCAUGUGACCAAAAAAGGUCAACCGAUAAAAAUUGGUGAAAAGUCACUUCACAAAUUUUACAUAAGUGAGAAGCUGCAAGACGAUGUUCUGAAUCUUAGGCAAGUUAGUUCCUCUGAUGAUAAGAUGCCAGUAAAUGUUGAAACAAAUUGCACAGUUUCGGAUCUACGCAUACCUAUUCCUGUACAUCAGCACCACAUGAAAAGAAUUCUAAAUAUCUCAGUGAAAUUUAAAGGAACAGAAUUUGUGUAUUCUACAUUUGUUACAAUGAAAGCCUGCAGUCCAACUAGACUUGUUGUUAAGGUUACCUGAUACUUGAGCAAAUGCUUUAUCUUUGGUCUUAGUGUCAUAUAAUCAGGUUCUGGAAACCACAUAUAUGGAAAUAACAAGUCAAGAUUUGGUUAACAAUUAUAGUUUUAGAAGUAAAUUAUAAUUUAUAAAGAAAUAGCAGUCAAAAUGCGCGGUGAUGAGAUUUUUAAAGAUAAUUUUAAGAGUAUGAUUUACAGUAAAUGCGCGUACAGAAAAGUUAAGUCUUCAAUAUUUGCAAACGCUGGCUUCUGUAAAUAGACUUUUACUAGGAAUUGUGUGCUUGCUUUCGUUCUAUUUACAUCGAUGUUGAAUGUAUUUGAAAUACAUCAAAUUUGAA